CAUAUUGAUCAUGAGUGCUGGCAAUCCCAUUAUCUAAACCAUGAAAUCAUGAAACACUGACAAAUCAUUAAACUUUGAAUUCUCUGUACCCACAGCUUGAAGCAGUCAUGUCAUUCACAGGAAAAGAGACAUUUCUGGCCACAUAUAUUUUCCUUUUAGCAGGUGUUUUUGGCGAGCAAGGACGAUAUUUCAGCAUCUGUGCUUCAGAGGGGUCAACUGUUGUCUUCUCCCGCCCUCCAUCUGAGGGAAAAGGGGGGUUCUGGUAUAAAAAAGAGCUGGGAGUUAAGAAUCUUCUUCAUAUGCCAGAGUAUAAAACGCGUAGCAGCACUUAUGACAAUACGCGUUUGUUGCUGAUUAAAGAUGUAAAACUGAUGGACUCAGGUGUUUUCGGAUACACCUCAUCUUCAACACGCGAAAGCCAUGGAGUGUUACUCUCUGUGAUGGGUACACCUGGAAUGGUGAACUCCACUGCGCUGACUCAGAGUCUUUUAGACAAACAGUGUUGGAGUGUGAUGCACUCCUCUAGGAUUUGUGCUUUAAAGGGGUCAUCGGUGGAUAUGCAUUGUCUUUACUCAUAUCCAAAAGAUCUCAAAAUCACAACAACAAUCUGGUAUACUGAUUGGAAGCCUUUAAAAAAUAACCCUGAUGACAUCAGUGUAGAUGAGCAGUUUCAGAAUCGUGUGGAGUACAUUGGGAAUAAGGAGAACAACUGCACCCUGAGAAUAAACCAACUUAGAGAGAGGGACACCCUGAAGAAAUACAAGUUCAGGUUUAUAAAUGACCAAUCCACUGGAUAUUCAGGAUCUGAUAUUAAACUGUCUCUUACAAAUCUACAGGUGAUUGUGAAUCCUAUUACAGUCAAUGAGGGACAGAAUGUGUCACUGACCUGCAGAACUACCUGCAUUCUAAGUACCAACCCCAUCUACAUCUGGUACAAGAACUCACAUCCUGUGAGUGACAAACACAUAGGCAUCAACAACACCCAGCACUUAAACCAAGUCACUAGUGAGGAUGCUGGUAGCUACUCCUGUGCUGUCAAAGGACAUGAAGAACAUCCUUCACCUGCUGAGACUCUCAAUGUCAGAUAUGCUCCAAAAAGCACCUCCUUAUCAGUCAGCCGCUCCGGUGAACUAGUGGAGGGAAGUGUAGUGACUCUGACCUGCAACAGUGAUGCCAACCCACCAGUGCAGAACUACACCUGGAAUAAGAAGACUGAAAAUGAAACUGUUGUCAUAGGAACAGGGAAGAGUAUAAACCUGACUUUGGCCUCUGGUGAUGGAGGGCUGUACUACUGUACAGCAUGGAAUGAAGUGGGCUUCCAGAACUCUUCUACAUUCCAGGACACUUUGUCAGGAGCAGUCGUGCCCUUGGCUGCGGUAUCAGCAGCUGCUGUGGUCUCUGUUAUCGUCAUCCUGCUGGUGCUGAUCCUGGUGUGGCUGAGGAAGCGUGGCAGAAAUGCAUCAAGAGUCAAUGCACUUUCUUCUGGUAUCCAACAGAGAAACAACCACUCUCUGUAUGCUGUGUCAGGAAUAGCUGCGACCUCCAGCUCAGAACAGGGGAUGGAUGUGAGCGCUUCUGAUGAUGUCCAGUAUGCCAGCGUUCAGUUCAAGAAAUCCACAGGACGAGAGAUGCCCUUCUGUCCGACUGCUCAAAGCCACCAAGAGGAGCAGGACGUCCAGUAUGCAGCUGUUAACACCUGCCGACCCAAUGCUGCCUCCUGCACUGGAGGUGGUGAGGAGGUUUAUAGUACCAUCAAUAAAACCAGGACCAGGCCAUGACAGAGAUGCAGCUACUGACCAUGUGCCUGAAUUCAGCAUGAGCGUGAUAUAAACAAGACUUUUGCUGGAUUAACCUCUGCUCAAAUUAAUUUGUAGAUACUACUAAAAUGAGUGUGAUAUAAACAAGACUUGUGUUGGAUUAUCCUCUGUUUAUGUUAAUGUAUUGAUACCAAUUUCGUCAGCGUGAUAUAAACAAGAUUUGUGCUGGUUUAAUCUCUGCUAAUGUUAUUUUUUAGAUACUACUAACGUGAGUGUGAUAUAAACAAGAUUUGUGCUGGAUUAACCUCAACUAAUGUGCAUUUUUAGAUACUACUUGGAGAAUGCCUUAUGCUCAUACUUCCUCACCUAUUUGUGUACAAGAUUUCCACUUUGUGUGUGUUCAACUGUUCAUAGUUAAUUGUACUCUACUCUAAUAUACCUUACCCUUCAUAUUUUAUCAGUUAAUAAAGUCAGUAGUUGAUUUUUCAAAAUUAUUUGUUGUCCUGUCCCUUAACUCUCAACAAUAUUUUUGAAAUAGUAUUUUUUUAAGUAUUAUUAUUAAUUUAAUUUAAUAUAUUAGUCCCAAUUGAACACAUAUCAGUUGUGAGGAUGGAAUGCACAUACUACAACAAAAUGUCUGCCAGUGGCCUCAAUUCAUCACAGCUGACUGUCAAGACAAUGGGUGCUGUAAAUACACUGAAAACUGUGAGUUAAAGGUGAAAUGUGUAGUUUUUGUUGCCAAAUAUGGAAUUAAUUACAGACUAAUCUCAAUGACACAAUUCUGCAAGUGCAGGGAAACAGAUUCAGUUGUUUCUGGGCAUUCUGUUACCAUUGGCUCUUUGAUUCAGUUGUUUCUUAUGCCUUUAUUUACAUGUUUGUCAAGGUUGGAACAAUGUAACCAAAUACAAACAAAAGAAAAGACAUAGAAAACGAAUGCAAAGAAAUACCUAGAAAUCUGUACUUGUAGCAUGCCUU